AUGCCAGCGCAAACUCGCUCCGGCGGCCGGGCCCCUGCUGCCCCUCCCGACCGAAUCUACAAGUCCAGCAAACCACUCAAGCAGGCCAAGCUCCCCCAUCGAAAGACCGAGGUCCGCACCUACAGCGCCCGCAAGCCGACCGCGCGAGUCACCAGUCACAAGCAAAAGACGUUGACCCAGAUGUACGAGUCUACGCGCUCCUCGCCUGUGCAUCUCGACCUGUCAGAUGACGAGGAAGAGCCCGCGCCCAAGAAGAAGAGGAGAAAGACGAUGGGGGAUGAGCCGACCCCAAGUUCGUCUUUUCACACGCAGACUUUGACGCAGAUGUCGCGGAGGUCGUCGGAGAAAUCGCCCGAAGAGGAGGAAGACAUUUGGCAGUUCCAGCCGUCCGACGACGAGGUUGACAAGCCGGUCCUCCCUUCAGCAAACGACAAGGAGAACGUUCUCCCUGUAAAGAAACCUACGAGCAGGCAGCCAUCCGUCGUUCCGCAGACCCCAACCAACAAGCGGACUGUUCUCGAGAUUCCUUCAUCGCAAGGCAGCCCGCUUACACCGAUGCUGGCUAGGUACAGCCCGGCCCCGAAGAGGUCUCCCUUGAAGGACAAGUCUACAAACACGAAUACGCCCAUCAAACUCACAGGAUCUGUGAAACGCCCGCGGACUCUCGAGAUUCAAGACUCAUACGCGACAGUAGGCAGCCAGAGCCCAAGUCAGCGGUCGUCUCCCCGUCGGCCACUACAACCUGCCAAGAACGUCCGCUUCAUCACGCCACAUCCGACGGCUAGUCUGGUGCCGGUGGAAGAAGAAGAGACGGAAGAUGAGGAGAAUGAAGAAAACGCGCGUGAGGUCAGUCCAUCCCCUCGAAGGCCGCCUAGAUCACCUCUCCGUGAGAUUGCGGAUUCCGAGGAUGAGUCGGAUGCGCUGGACAUCUUGGACGAGGAGGCCGAGGGGUACGAUGCCGUCGGCGAAGAAACUCAGUUCCAAAUGGAUGAACUUCUCACCUCAUCAGAGAAGGAAGUCACCAGGGAACUCUCCCCUGCAGAGGAAGGUGACUCGGAUAAGGAAAACGUCACCCCUGCUGCCAGCGAGGAAGAGGAGGAAGCUACGGUGAUCCUAUCUAAGCCAUUCGUUCUACCAAAGCUGCACCAUUCGACAUCGGGGGAGUCGGAUCGCAGGGAUACGGUGGAAGUCAUUACUUCUUCGCCAGAGCCGACCCGGAGCAGUGGCUCCAGUAUCCCCAAAGCAUCUGACGAGACGGUCGAAGAGUCCAUCUGUGAGACCCCAACCAGAAGCCAAAAGACGCCCAAGGCCAAGAAGACGGGCAAAGCUCCAGAGGAGACACCAAAGACGCCGCAUACACAAGGCCUCGAGAGUCAACGAAUCUCUCUGGACACAAUCCGCUCCAUGGCACCCCAGACGGACAGAUCUGACAUCUUCAUCUCAAUACACCCAGAACACAUGGACAACAUUGUGGCGGGUACCAAAAACCACGAAUUCCGUGCCUACAAGAUUUCAGGCACCGUCUCGCGCAUGUGGCUGUACAUCACCAAGCCGGUUGCAGAGUUGAGGUACAUGGCUUGCAUUGGUGAGGCAAAGGCGCCUGGCGAGACUGACGGCGACGGUAUCGGCAACGCAGAGUUCAACCAGCGCAAGUUGCCUGGCGCCAAGUUCGCGUACCAGUUGCAUGAAGUGUACGAACUGAACGAUCCAGUCUCGCUGCACGAGAUGCAAGAGCAGGGGUGGCUCAACGGGCCGCCGCAAAAAUACAACUUUGUCCCGCCAGCAGUCGUUGGUCAUCUGAUGGCCAACCUGCGGUGCUCGCUGUUUGGCGGCGAGGAUGAAGAGACGCAGGAAGAGAUUGUUUCCCAGCCAGAGAUUGGCAGAAGGGAGACACCACGGACGUCAGCCGAUCUCACAGUGUCUCAGGAGCUGGCGGAGCAGAUCCGAAGCGACAUCGAGCACUCGAACGUACAUUCAUCCGAGGCAGAUAUCCUGGUACCGGCGAGCCAGACGCCGACCCGUAGCCGGAGGGCGUUUGGCACCGAGCUCUUUCCCAAGCCCGCACUCCCUCCGACGCCCAUUAGCCGGCCACCGAAUCCCACGCCUCGACGCGCUAUUCGGCCCUCCCAAGCAACCACCGUAAGCCAGGCGUCCAGUCCUUCACAGUCACCUCUCAGAUCGGUACCGCGCCCGGCUCAAGCGGGUUCCAGCAUGCCGAUAUUCAUCGAUGACGAGGACGAUAGCCCCAUCCGUCUGCCGCUGGGGACCAUCCAGCUGGACUCGUCUCAGCUUUUGACCAAGAGCCAGAUGCUGCCGGACAGCUUGCUGAUGGAGGAGGAGAGAGAAGAAAUUGUGUACGAUUCGGAGCAGGAUGACGAACUUUGA